AUGGAGGACGAAGCACCUGUCAUUUAUGGACUUGAGUUUCAGGCACGGGCUCUAUCUGCACAGGUGGCAGAGACAGACAGCAUACGAUUCCUGGUGGGAACCCAGUCAUUGAGGGCAGAAAACCAGGUACACCAUAUAGACUUUGAUGAUGAGAAUAAUGUAAUCAAUAAGAAUGUAUUUAUGCACAGAGAGGGGGAAAUCUGGCAUCUCUCCUCUUGUACUUUUGACAAGAAUCUCCUCACAACUUGCUACAAUAAAACAAGUGAUGCAAAGACAGAGAUUCAGGCUGCUGUGUGGCGUCUGCCAUCAGACUUUGAUACCAGCAGUUCAGAUGACUCUACUACCAACAUUCAGCCUUUAGAACUUGUCUGUCACCUCAACAGUGACGAAUUUGGGGAUAUGAAAAGCAUUCUGUGGCAUCCAACAGGAGACAGCAAAGCAGCUUUAGGAAUUGCAGAUGGUCAUAUAUUAUUAUGGGACGUGGACUCUCAUUCAGCCACAGCAAAGUUAAAAGAUUCAGCAUCUCUGGAGGGCAAAGGCCAUCCAAAGUUGACCAGUGGGAAGUGGAACCCUCACCAUAAUUGUUCACAGAUCGCAACGGCCAAUGACACAACAAUACGGGGCUGGGACCUCAGGAGCAUGCAUGUGGUGUACACGAUAGAGAACGCCCAUGGUCAGCUGGUGAGGGAUAUAGACUUCAACCCCAACAAGCAGUAUUACUUGAGCAGUUGUGGGGAUGACUGCAGAGUGAGAUUCUGGGAUGUCAGGAACCCCAGCGAGCCCCUUAAAGUUCUGUCUGAUCACUCACACUGGGUGUGGUCAGUAAGGUACAACCAUUUCCAUGACCAGUUGGUUCUGUCGGCAAGCAGUGAUAGCCGAGUAGUCCUCAACAAUGUGGUCACGUUAUCUUCCGAGCCGUUUGGCCACCUGGUGGAGGAAGACGACAACAGUGAGGAUGAAGAAGAGGUCAAGGAGGGAACAAGGGAACCAAUUGAGGACAGUGUCCUAGCAACAUAUGAAGAGCAUGAAGAUAGUGUUUACGCAGUGGAAUGGUCAACAGCUGACCCUUGGGUGUUUGUCUCCCUUAGUUACGACGGUCGUGUUGUUAUCAACAGAGUGCCAAGAGCGGAAAAAUACAAGAUUUUGUUGUGAAUUUGCACUCAGUUUGAAUCAGCAUACUUCCUGAGUGAAUGCAGAUGUAACUUAAGUAAGGCGUAUAUCAAUCUUGAGUGCACAGAUUGAUUGCAGACAGUUGUAUCUGAUGGAGUGACACUGUUGAAUUUGAACCAAUAAUCUCUUAGGCUUUAAAGCCACUACACCAAACAAAAAUUUCUUUUGGCUCAGGUUGAACCUGUUUGUUUACCUUGUUGCAGUCAGUUGGAGUCUGUGUUCUUUAAUGUUAUGAAGAGAAACACAAAACUGUUGCAUUGGUUGCACAUAGAGGGGCAACCCUGUCGAGAUUUGAACCAAUGAUGCUUGGAAUCAUUGUCUCUGCCUCUACCUCUAGACCAAGGGGAAAUAGCCUUAUUUCCCCAUCAGACAAACUAUGAAAAAGUUUUGUCACUAAGUACAGUGAUUUGAGUACAUUGACUUGUACAUUUGGUCCACCUUGGUGGACUCGGAAACUAGAGGCUAGACAUCCCCUAAAUACCACUCUGGACCCACUUUCACAAAACAUCGUAAAUCUGUUUUUCACAACUUUUCUCAUCAACGAUGACGCCUUUGUGAAAGUGUUCUUUCUUAGAGCAAAGUUACGUUCUCAGUCCUUUAUAGAAAGUCACAUAAAAUGUUAUGCACUGUUAUGAAAGUUAAAUUUCUGUAACGCAUGGAAGUUUCAAGAUUUUAUUAGAUGGAAAUUUAAUGGCAUGAAACGUAAUUGUUUAAAUCUCUGCCCCGAGUUCCGAAUUUGCAGGAGUGAAUCCAACUCUAUCUGGGGGCCUCCGUGGCUCAGUCGGUUAGUGCGCUAGCGCAGCGUAAUGACCCAGAAGCCUCUCACCAAUGCGGUCGCUGUAAGUUCAAGACCAGCCCAUGCUGCCUUCCUCUCCGGCCGUACGUGGGAAGGUCUAUCAGCAACCUGCGGAUGGUCGUGGGUUUCCCCCGGUCUCUGCCCGGUUUCCACCCACCAUAAUGCUGGCCGCCGUCGUAUAAGUGAAAUAUUCUUGAGUACGGCGUAAAACACCAAUCAAAAAAAAAAAAAACUCUAUCUGCGUCAGCUUUAGUUUAAAAGACAGCAGGUUUCUCAGAUAUCUGGUGAAGUGCAGUAGUUUACUCUGCUGUCUGGUUUCCUCCACUCACAAAACUCGAAUAAAAAUUUAUUAGUUUGACAUGAAACAUCUCUUAAGUCAGGAAAUAAAAGUAAGCUUUGUCAUUGUUGCUGUUAAUACUUGUACAGUGUUGUCCCUCAUGCAUU